CCGGAGUAGCCUCAAUGUUCCUCUAGUUCCCGGAUUAUCCUCAGGGUUCCUAGUACCAACAUGUUGGACUGGAUAGUCAACACGAAGUUAAAGGCACGAGUGUGGCGAUCCAUCACUAAAAAACGCAGUAAAGCAGGCGACAAUAACAAAGACGGCGACAAAGACAAGGACCAAAAACAAGGGGAGGUAACUGCCGAAACUGACCGACCUCCACCCCUACCUCCUCGCCGACCGAGUAAGGAGGGGCAGCGAUGUAUUCACCAACCGCAUUCAUACUCUUCAUGGUCACACCACAGUCAGUCCCCAAAAGACCAUGCCGGAGCUGGGGGACGUCUUGGUCACAGCUGGCCGAGGCACGGUGAUGGACUGACCGGGUAUAGAUCAAAGUAUUCGUCCGAGACGGAUAUAUCCGCACGCUCCCAAGCCAAGAAAAAGAGACACAAUUUUACCAAGAAGAAGCAUGACCCGGGCGUCGUCCUGUCGCGUUCCUCCAGUACUUCUUCUUCAAACUGCUCACUAGAUGAGCAUGCGUCAACAACCGGAAAUGAUAUCACCCCUAGUCCCGAUAUCAAUAUGAAUCACUGCAUUGCGCGGGAAUUCGAAUUAAAUGGGAAUUAUGUGAAAAAAUCUAAAAGUUGUGAAACUAAACAUCAAAAUGUGGAAUACAUACGUCAACGAAGUAAUGAGGAGGUUGGGCGUGGCCUGUUGGAGGUCCCAUCUAUACGCCACUCCCAUAGCGACGCCUCCCUUCAGUCCCUUCGCUCGUGUCCUGAGAUGUGUGCGGGGGCGAGUUGUGAGUUGGACGUUAAUGAUGACAUACAAAGUCACUGCUAUGGCAGGGACUACAAUGCUCUCAUCAAACACAUACAAAAGUCACCUUUCCGGAAAAAGAAUAUGCCUCCGUCAAAACCAUUUUCCAGUUUUGACGUUAACGAUGUGGACUCGGUGAUGCGCCGUGACCGAACUUCCAAACGGAUGCCCCAGCGACCUCAUUCCAUUGGAUACUUCGAUAACAACAGGUAUUGUAAAGUGACUAAUGCACGGAAACAGCUUGGUGUGUGUGGUCGGAACUCGGAUCCGACUCAAUGUCAUUCCUCCCCAACCUCCCCCUCACAGAAACGUAUGCCUCUAGUGUUACCGGACGAUCCCGGGUCUGUGUCUGAUCUCGAGUACAUAAUGGAAAGUCCGCACGAGACACGUUCUUUUGACGUGUCGAGAGAGAACAGUCUUGUGUCUGAAGAAGAGGUUUCUAAACUUUGCGGAGAUUUACGAAGAUUGACGACGAACAACGAAAAUGAUAAUGGCUAUGUGAAAGUUUUAGCCUCGCCAAGAGUAUCACCUGAUAUAUUCCACUCAGUUCCCGGUGUAGUUGUCACGUCCGACUCUGACGAAACUUCCGAUUCUCAGAACGGAAAAGUUUACCAAUCUCACAAGGGGCAAAAUUUCCUGUCAGUUCCAAAGAAGAUCAGUCGAAGGAGGAGCUCUUUAAGUUUGACCAGCGGUUCGGAGGAGAGUGACUGUGAACCUUCUCCCCCCUUGUCUCGGCGGGGACGACGGGCAGCCAUCGUGGACACGAAGAACUUUGGAGAUGUUUCACCAACUAAUCUUUCACCAGAAGUGUCACCAAGUAACUCGUGUGAUGAGGGUGAGGGCGCGAGUAAUAUAGCCCAGAGGUUACGGAGGCGUCGAAGUUCAGUAGAACUUGCUAUGAGCAUCUAUCCGGGCGACCUCCUAGUUCAAGAACACCACAAGAAACUCCUCAAGCGGAACACAGUCGCUGACUUCCACGCUUUACGUCACGGUUCAAGUUCAACCUCAACAAUAAAUGACGAUACAAAGAAAGGACGACAGUCAUUUUCUUUGCUAAAAUUGAUGAAAUCCAGGAGCAAGGAAGCCUUGUCCAAACUAGAGGACGUUCUGGCCGGGAUGAAACCUUCGGAGUUUAAGGAUAAUUACUUGGCAGUGUAUAAGAGCCUACAUUGGUCGGACCUGAUAGCUAGCUCGGACAAACAGACAGAACAGAUGUGCCUGUCCGAAACGGAGCGGAAGCGACGUGAAGCGGUUUGGGAACUGUUUAAAAGUGAAUGUGUAUUCCUUAUCGAUCAUUUGAUGGUGCUAAAACACUGUUUUAUGGAGCCUCUAAAGAAAGUGCAGGUAGAGGGUCACCUGAUGUACGCAGAACCUCAGGAUCUGUUCGGCAAUCUCGAUGAAAUCUGUUAUGUUAGCUACACAUUUUGUAAAGACUUCAUUGCGGCUCUGUUAAAGGGAAUGAGUUCCACUGAGUUUGGGAGUACUCGGGUUCUACUCAAAGCUUUUGAAAGGUUCUCAACGCAUUCCAAGGGUGGAGAUAUAUAUCAUACCUACUGCCUCAAUUACACGAACGCCCUUACCUACCUUGAAAAAUUGCGCCGCCAUGAUGAUUUCACGGAGUUUGAAAGGUGGUGUGAACAGGAUCCUCGAUGUAAGCGUCUUCAGCUGACCGAUUUGUUGGUAGCUCCAAUGCAGCACUGUACAAAACUUCCACUUCUGCUGGGAAAUAUCCGGAAAUACACGGAAUGUGAUGAAGAGAUAUGUCAACUGACGGACUCUAUAGAGAGAGUGGAAAUGUCGCUACAGAAUAUGGAGGAAAAGAUUAAAUGGGUUAAGAACUAUGAGCGGGUACAGGAGGUUCAACGGCAACUCGUCUGGCCACCCGUCACAGAGCUGGAGCCAAGAGUGUUCAUUCCAGAGUACUUAAAGAACACACUCCUUAAGCAGCCUUGUGAACGACUUCUGGCAUGUCCCCAGCGACAGUUACUACACGAAGGACAGCUCACUCUUGUUGAAUCUACAAAAACCACUGAGGUAUAUCUGUUUCUCUUCGACGAUAUUCUACUGAUAACAAGAGUCAAGAAAUCAGCGAGAAAGAAACAGUCCCAGCUAGAGGUUACUGGAACACAAACCUCUUGUGAUAAAGUUACGUACACGGUUCAUAAGCAACCGGUGGCAUUGGACAGACUCAGUGUACAUGACAUUAGCCAAUCGGAAGCUGCAGCUAAUGGUGUCAAGUGUGCCUUCGUGAUCGUCCAAAUCAGUCGAUUUCAACAAAUCAUUGGUGUUUACACCCUACAAUCGCCUACAGACGCGGCAAAGAACGCCUGGUUGGAAAAACUCGGUGAAGCGAGAGAAAAAUUUACCAAUAAAGACGAUUCGAAUCAAGAAUUAAAUACUGGAAAUAUGGACUCAAGGGAGAACAGAGAUACCCGCAUAUCGGAUCUUUCUUUCUCUUCACCGCGAAGGCAGCGUAAAAAUGGGACUCUGAAAUCUUCCCAUACCAAAUCUCUGUCUGUGGACUCUGUUUAUAUAUAGGGGUCUCUGUAAGGCAUUAGCAAAUAACUCUUUUAAUCCACAACUGACGAUGUGUGACCAAUACAGUGAAACAUUGCUUAUCAAAAAGCCGAGUACACGAAUUAUUCAAGUUAAAACUGUGUCGGAUAAUUGGAAGUAUUUGAAUUGUCACGGUCAAAAACAUUUGAAAACACGGUCGUGUAAUUUUGGACACAAAUUAGUUUAUUUUUACCAAUGUUUUCUAUUUCAUUGAACAUCAAGUGCCUGAGAUUGACAAUACCUUUUUUACAUUUAAAUCAACAUAAUGACUCAUGUGCAUGUAUGCUUUGAUUUUAACUGAAACAUACGCAAACGUACUAUAUUUCCGCGGCACACUUAUAAUAACACUAAAUAAAAAUAUAUCGAUAAAUUUGGAAAUCCGCUAGUCAAUUAUGUAUUUGUUAAGACAUUUUUCAUUUUGUAAACUAGCUUGGCACUUCAUAUAGAAAAGGUUGCAUGCUUGAUAUGAAGAAGUGAUAUCGGCCGAGAUUGUCCUCUUUACGUAAAAAGGUUAGCUUAUCGCCUACUUUAGAGGUACAAAUUGUUGUGUUUGAUCAUCUGCUUUUUCAGUGUCAGUGACAUGUGUGAUCUAAUCCGGUACCUUGAUACAAAGUCAUGAUUUUUUACGGGUAGAUAACUCAUUUAUGACCAUCCCAUGUGCAAUUACAAUCACCUUUAAUUUGUACAUAUAGGAUCUUUUGAAAGUGUCAAUUCAAAACGAAGAAAAUGUUUUAAUAUAUGAUAAAUUUUGAUCAAAGGCUAAAUAGUUCAAAAUGGCAAUCGGAAAGUAAAGAUAUUAACAAGGGUUAAGUGAUGAUAAUGAUGUGUUUUAGUGUAGUUAUAGAACUUAUAGAAAUUAUAUUGAUCUUUCAUAUUUCACUUCUGAAAUCUACAUUUGAUUUUUCGCUUCACUGUCAGUAGUAACAUCACAAACUUAAUAAUAUACGGUCAUGAAGUAUGGGGUUUGAUAAAGUCCAGAAUCCGAAAACUACACUAUUUCGUUGAUCUGGUGCUAUAUUCAUAACCGGUUGAAGAUUUUUACCAGUCAUCAUCAAAUUCUUGUCAUCGUCAAUUCUAAGGAUAUACUUGAAAUUGUUUUCAUAUAAUAUAUAUGUAUGCUUCUCGUAGUCUGUGGUUGUAUAUAUUCAAUUUUUAGACCAACUGUAAAACAAAAUAGCCAACAAGCAACCGUCGUUUUUUGAUUUGAUAGUUAAAGUUUGCUGUACUGAAUAGCUUCAGAAAGUGUAAGUUGAAGUGUGGUCUCACUAGUGUACAGGCUUCUCCUUUGUCAAUCAUUGAAUAUAAAGGUAAUAGAAAGCAGUUUUGGAUUUUGAACUUUUUGAACAUUUUUAUAUAAUUCUCAAGAAUCAUUUUGUGAGUUUAUAUCUCUAGUGUUCUAUUAAUAUAUAACUCAUUCAUCUCUCAGUGCACGUAACGCCAUAGAUCAACUAAACGGAAAGAGGAGAGAAAAAAGUACACAAAAUGGAUAAAGAUCUUCAGAAGGUGAUAGUUUAGGUCUGUAUGUGGUUUUGUUUUUGUACACGGUUGUGAAGCAACACUGUUACAUGAUAGCCACUCUUUACAUAGAAAAAUCAUUUUAGACGGUAAACCAUUGAAAUAUAUCUAUUUUGAUAUCACCUUUAAUAUCAAAACACCAUUCUAUCAUUGUUAAACCAAUCAAACACCUUGCAUGUUAAAGUGAUUGCUUGCUUGUUCUUCCAUUCAUUGCAAUUUAAAAUUCCAGUGGUCUUUUUGUACGUACCAUUGUGUGUGUGUUUAAUGGCCGAGUUUCAAUUCCUGUGACUGCAAUACUCCAAUGUGCAUGGUCGUGAGAGUGGUAAUUACAAAGCGUAAUCCUUUCGGAGUUGGAUCAUAGCUAAAGAGUGAUAGUUUUAGGGCGCUCUAUUUGGGGAAACGAGUGUUAGUAAGUCUGUUUGGUAGUUGGGAGUCCGUAAAAAUGUAACUGCGUAGCAAUCUGUACUGAUUUACAUACUAUAUGACUCAUAUUUUAUUUUUCAAUAGUGUUAUAAUUUGAUAAUGGAAUAUCUUUUGUCCGAACGAACAAAUCGGAGUCCAAUUUAUUGAACGGCAUAUCAAAGUUGCAUUUGGUAGCAAACUUUACAGAGUUCUGGGUAGUUUUGAUAGAAUUUUGAAGACAAUGUAUUCUCAUUGUUUAUGCGCUCUGAAAGCUUACAUGUUACACUUACAUGUAUGAAAUGUGUUUUUGUCAAACAAAAUUUAGGUGGUAUAUAAAUAUACCCAGUUAGAUAAAGGACAAUGAUGAAAUUUCUUUCUUUUUAGAAAGACAACAGUGAAAAAUUUAUCUUUGAACGUCAUUUUUUCGGUGUGCGUUAUUUCAAUAACAGGUCUGAAAUUCUUUGUAAUAAAUAGCAGUUUUACAGUUCCGUUUAAUUUCAUGUCAGAUAAUAAUAUCUAUUACAAGAUACUUCCAGAUGUAUUCCAUUUUAUGUCACAAUACUAUGGACAUUGGUAUCAUUGAGUAGGUUGAUACCUCGACUUGUUUCUUGUUUCGGUCAUCGAUGUUAUAUGUCAAGUCGACGGAAUUGUAUUGCAUUUAUAUUUGUCAGUCAUGAUGUUUUUAUUGGUAAUUACAAUUAACAUAGUACAGACAGAUAUAUAUAGUUGCGUUGUGAUAAUCAUCCUUCACAUCCACUCAUGACUUGGCAUAUGAAAAAUCGACAACAAAGUUUUACCCAUAAUUACUGUACUUACAUUUUGUAUACCAAAAUUUUACUUACAUUAUGUAUAUCAAACUUUUACUUGCAUUAUGUAUAUCAAACUUUUAAUAACACUAUCUAUACCAAAGUUUUACUUACAUUGUGUAAACCAAAAGUUUACCUACAUUAUGUAUAUCAAACCUUUAAUUACAUUUUGUAUACCAAAAUUUUACUUACAUUAUGUAUAUCAAAUUUUUAACUACAUUAUGCAAAAGACUCGUUUGGAUGUAAAUGGACCACGUCUUCACAAACACAUCUCAUUUACAUGGUACACUGAAAUAAGGUUGGACUACGUGCAUUAAUGUAUUUGGUAUCUGUUGACCACGACCAUUGAUGAUGAUUAUCUGCAUUACAAAUAUUAUACGUGUCAAGAUGUGGUCAAACAUCUAGGUUAAGUCUGGUGUUACCACACUGUCAUUAUCACAUUUCUACUUCAGAUGAAAGAGAGCUGACUUUCAAGUAUCACGAACAAGUUCUGAACACACUUUCUCUCCAUACAAGGACGCACAAUCAUAUAUAGCCAUUACUUUGCUGGUUUUGAAAUAUUCACUUUGUAGGUCAAGAAUGAAGACAAAUGAUUGUCAUUAUAUUGCUGAAAUUGAUCAGUACAAGGCUGAAGAUACACACUUGGUCAGUGCAGGGUGAAAACACAUACUGGAUGUAUUGUUGAAGACACAUACUUUGUCAUUACAAAGUUGUAGACACACUGUUGGUCAACACAAGUUUGAAGACACACAAUUGUUCAGUACAAGGUUGAAGACACAAUUGUUCAGUACAAGGUUGAAGACACAUACUUAUUCAGUACAAGAUUGAAGACACAUACUUGGUAAGUUCACGAUUAAAGACACAUGUUACGUCAGUACAAAACGAUGAACACGAUUUCAUCAAAACAAGGUUGUGGUUUAAGCAUUAUGUUAUAAUUGGUGUGUAUUUCAGCUCUAGUUUUGUAAAUUAUUCCUCCCUAUGAUACCAUGUUGAUGACCUGUAAUUUAAUGUCUUUGUAUAAUAUGGUAUUCCAAGUGUAUUAUGAUGGUCUAUACGAUAUCAGAAUGGUGCAGGCCCACCCUAAACAAUUAGAAACAUCACCCUGCCUAAUCGACUACAUCGUGAUAGGUAAAGGUGAUUGAUGUUCAAAAAUAAAAAGAAAA